UCAAAGUCCUCGAAAGAAAUGAUAAGUGUGUUCAGAAGAACUGAGAUAUAUUGUUUCUUGAUUUAUUUUUUUUGGAAGUGCAAAAACAAUUAAAAUGUCGGUUAAACGAGUGCAUUUUGAAAAAGUAAAACUUGAAGAAACAGUUUUGAAUGAAAUGUACGAGAAUUCAUUUCUUCUAAAUUGCUCAGAUGAGAUUUUACUUGCUAUAUUUAAACAUUUGCGUCCUGAAGAUCUUAUGAAUCUCUCAUUAAGUUGCAAAAAAUUAGAACGAAUAGUAAAAGACCGUACUUUAUGGAAAAAAAUUACAAUUUAUCUAAAGACUGAUAUGAAAUUUUCUCGCUUAUUUUUACUAUCCCGUACAAAAAAUUUGACGAUAAAUGGUAAUCGAUGCUGCCACCACGUGCACGAUGGAACAAUAAACUAUAUUCAUGAAAUUUUACUAUCAUUCACCGACCUUGAGGAAUUAACUUUAGAAGAUUUUUAUAUCACUCCAGAAACGGUCUCAUAUAUCACACUCCUAUGUCAAAAAAUUAAUAAGCUUAUAUUAAACAGAUGCAUGAAAUCUGAAAACACCCGUUUUGUACUUGAAAAAAAAGAUAUAUAUUUGAAGGUAAAUUACCGGUCAAAGUUAACAUGCUUAAUUUUGAACAAUAUAUUAUGGCCUAUUUCACUGGACUUUAUACAAUUUUUCGGCUUAAUUGCUCCAAAUUUAACAGAACUUAGAAUAAAUUCAUGUGUUUGUAUAGAUGAGAAUCUUUGUAUGUAUCAUUAUAUGAAAAUAUAUUCACGGUCGAAUGUUUUAAAAAAAUUAGAGAUUUUAGAUUUACGAAAAACGUCAGUAAACACCACAAUAUUUACGUGGUGUUGUAGAACAUGUAAAAAUUUAAAACAAUUAUAUUUAGAAUGUCCGAGAUAUUUACAACUAUGUCUAAAUGAGGUUCAUAUGUUUGGCUGGGAAAUACAGCCUACCAAGCGUUACGACGUAGAGAUAGAUAGAUGUUUGCGGGACUUGAUUAUCCGUACUGCCUCUCCAUGUUGUCCACAAUGGCACAACUUGAAAUUGAUUGACAAAAUCAUUAGUCUUCAUUCAAGGGAUAAUAUAAAGGACUAUUCUCUAUUAUAUUUUGAUGGUAUAAAUGACUGUAGAAAUUUAGAAAUAUUAGCUAUAAGACAUUAUCAGUAUAUUAGUACUGAGUUUAUCAAUUGCAUACCCUCUUUACCAAAACUAAAAACCUUGGAUUUCAGUGGAGCUGUUUCUAUAUUAGAACGAGAUAUUAAACCUAAAUUAAGAAAAGACGUUAAGAUUGUCUCAUUAUUUGAUACAUAGAGUCUUGUGUUUUGCUGGGAUUGUGUUAAGCCUGUUCAGGUCUGGUAGAAUUGACUAAUCGUAUUGAUCAAAUCAGCCAAUUGACCAGCGUGAUUGGUCGA